AUGGCUCCAAAACGGAAACAAUCUGAGGGAGAGUUGGUGAUGAAAAGAAAGAGACAGAAGAGAAGAUGUAGAAAAGAUGAGAAAGACAGAAUCAGUGAGUUACCUGAUUGUGUUUUGCUGCACAUAAUGAGUUUUCUGAGCACAAAAAGUGCUAUUCAAACCUGUGUUCUGUCUAAAAGAUGGAAGAAUCUCUGCAAAUGUCUCACUAGUCUCACAUUCUGUGCUAGAUACACCGGGGACAUUUGUUUCAGAAAAUUUGUGUCUUGGGUUUUGUCUAGCAGAGAUCAUUCUCAUUCCCUGCUAAAUCUUGUAGUCAUAAGUCCAAACGAGUCUGAAGUUCUAGACUUGAUCAUGAAAUAUGCUAUUGUUCAUGAUGUUCAGCAUUUGACAAUGCGUAUAGAUUUAACUUGCAAACCUGCAUUUCGUUCCCUCCCUUUCAUCUUUUGUUGCAAGUCUUUGACAUCCCUCAAGAUUUGCAAUGUUUAUGAUCCAAAUGUGGUGGUGAUUCCAAACUCUGUGAACUUGCCCUUUCUCAAAAGCCUGCAUCUUGAACGUGUUAAAUUUACUGCAACAACUGCUGAUGCUGAGUGUGUUGAGCCUUUUUCACACUGUCGUGUGUUAGAAAGCUUGUACCUUCGAAACUGCUCCAUGCAAAAUGAUUCACAAGCUCUCUGCAUAUCUAAUUCCACCCUUUUCAGCAUCAAGAUAUACAGUUACAAUAUAUUUGCUGAAAGAAAAGCUUACAACAUUGCACUUUGUACUCCUAAUCUUCGUUCUUUCACUAUCAAGGGUGUUAAUAGCCACCAACUCUCUUCUGUGUGCAAUCUACCUCUUCUUGGAGCUGUGAGUAUUGGCUUGUUUAUGGUGAAAAGUUCAAUCAUCAUAAAACUUAUGCAAGCACUGGCCAAUGCAAGGAUAUUGACUCUGGGAUCAUUUACCCUUCAAGCAAUACUUGAUGAUCUUUCUGAUGGUUCAACAAGAUUUCAACCACCAUGCUUUGUUAGAUUGGAAUCAUUGAGAGUGAAAAGCAAAUUGAUAGACCUGUUUGAUGGACAAAUAAGCAAAGUUGUGAAGUACUUGCUUCAAAACUCUCCAAGGACUAGAGUUGAAGUCACAAGGAAUUAG